AGUUGAAGUCAAACAUUUGUUCGGCGGCUCGGCAGGCGUUUUAUGAGCCAUGAUAAGGUCGCAGAGUGCGAGCUCCGAGAGCUCCGUGCCUCCGCUGGAGGAUGACGCGGACUCGGUGUGUUCGGAUGAGCUGCUCGGGUCCCAGUCCCGCCGCUGGCUCGCGGACCUCCUGUCCGGGGACAUGCCGCAGGAGAGCGGGGACCUGGGCACGGUGGGCCGGGACGGGCUGUUCGUGGACUACCACUUCCCCCUGGGGGAGCUGGAGAUGCUGUCCGGGAUCAAGUGGAAACGACCAAAGGAACUCUGUGCAUCACCUCAGUUCAUCGUGGACGGAGCGACUCGACUGGACGUCUGCCAGGGGAGACUCAAUGACUGCUGGCUGCUCUCUGCCAUAGCGUCUCUUUGUGUGAAUCGAUCUCUGCUCGAGAAAGUGGUGCCUCUGGACCAGAGUUUCCAGGAAAAGUACAACGGGAGCUUCACCUUCAAGUUCUGGCAGUACGGUCAGUGGGAGGAGGUGAGAAUAGACGACCUGCUGCCGACUCAGGACAACAAGCUCAUCUACCUGAGCUCCCCAGAAAAACACGAGUUCUGGAGCUCCCUGCUGGAGAAGGCCUACGCCAAGCUGAAAGGAGGCUACAGGGCUCUGGAUAUGGGCUUCCCUCACGAGGCCAUGGUGGACAUGACGGGCGGCGUGACUGAGGUUCUAACAAUCGCACAACUGAGAGACCUGCCCCACCUCCUCACACACCUCCUGGCCAAAGGAGCGCUCAUCAACUGUGCCAACUCCAGCGGUCCCCUGGAGGAAAGGAAUGAACUGGGCAUAAUGUUCAGACAUGCUUACUCUCUGACUGCAGUAGAGAAGGUGAAGACGACUCACGGCUUCGUAGAUCUGGUGCGGGUCCUUAAUCCCUGGGGCAACACAGAGUGGCAGGGACCCUGGAGUGACAUGAAAGGUCCUGAGUGGACGGCGGUGAGCCGGGAGGAGCAGAAGAGAGUGGGCAGGGUCUGCAGGGAGGACGGAGAGUUCUGGAUGUCGGUGUCAGACUUCCGGAUGAACUUUGAGGUGAUGGAGGUGUGUCACCUGACGGACGCUCUCAGCGAACCAGGAUCCAGCGUGAGGCCGUGGUCCUGCGUCAUGCAUCACGGGAACUGGGUACCGUCCAUCACAGCAGGAGGAUCUCACAGAAGCGGUUCGUUCUGGCAGAACCCCCAGUUCUACUUCGUUCUGUCGGAGGUGGACAGCGUCACAUUGAGCUCUCAGAAGACCUGCUCCUUCGUCUUGGCUCUGAUGCAGAAACACCAGAGACGUCGAGGCAUUAAUCUGGCCAUAGGUCUACACGUCUACGCGGCUCAUCCUGUGAGUACCUACCUGUCGCCUGAAGACCUGAGGAGGACGCGUCCAGUCCUCUGCACCUACCAGUACUACUUGCGUCGGGAGGUCGUUCUUCGUGGCUCUCUUCCCGUCGGCCGCUACAUCAUCAUCCCCUCCACGGCGGAGCCCAACCAGCAGGGGGCGUUCCUCCUCCGAGUCCUGACAGAGCAGGGCAACAGCACCACUCCUGCUCAGAAACCACCUAUGUCACCUUCAAUAACAGAGCAGCCUUCGUUUCCUCACCAGACUGCUCUUCCCUCGCCUAAAUCCACCAGACAUCUGUUCAAGAAGCACUGCAACAAGAAGGGAUAUUGUAAACCAGUGCACCUCCACAACCUUCUGACCGAGGUCAUCCAGGGAGGAGUUCUUGCCGGCAGUGAGAAGAACUUGGCUCUGGAGCACUGCAAGAGUCUGGUGGUGUUGAUGGAUAGUCAGGGUGUGGCUCAGCUCAACUGGGCUGACUUCCAGAAUCUGUGGGACAAGAUCAGGAGGUGGACGGAUAUCUUCCUGGUGUUUGACAAGAACAAAACUCACCGUCUGGAGUAUCAGGAGGUCGGUCCCGCCUUGAAGGCUGCAGGAAUCACGGUGGAUGAGCUGGUGAUGCAGCUGGUGGGACUGAGAUACACCGAGCCCGACCUGACCAUCAGUUACCCCGGCUUCCUGUACCUGCUGAUGAAACUGGAGAGCAUGAUCCAUAAAUUUCAAGCGUACGACAUGGUGGGGAUGGGCACGGUGACCGUCAGCUACAGACAGUGGCUCCACAUGACCAUGUACAACUGACCUGAGCCAGAUCCUCUCAGACACAUUCACCAGCAGCUUUUUUCCCCUCUUCUUUUCUCAAAUGUAGUUUUUUUUUUUUUGUUUGUUUGCUUGUUUUUAAUAAUCCAGCGACAGGAACACGUAGUGAACGAUCCUCUUGUGCUGUGGAUUUUUUCCUCUCAUAUGUGGUCAAACAAUAACGAUGGAAACUGCAUCUUUUAAAAACUCGUCUCAAAGGUCAAAGCAGGAGUUUAUGAUUUCCCAGGGGACUGUUUCUGAUCCUGAAGGACUCCUCCGGUCUGAUAUGAAUGAACAGUUACAGCCUCUUACUGGAUCAUGAUAAUAAAAGCGCAGCAUUUAUUUUUAUUGGAGGGUGUAAAGAGUCUGAGUAAAAGAACAUUAAGUUCAUAUAAACUACUGACAAAGUAGAUCCAUGUGUCACAGCAUUUAUGUAUCACUCCUCAUUUCAUUUUUCUCCAUCGUGCAUUUCUCCGUUAGUGUAAAGUUUGAUGAAAGCACAUGUAGAUAUUUCAUUUCUGUUUGCUUCUGAUAAAAAAACAUGUUAUGAAUAAAGAAAGUAGAAAAUAAAA